AUGAGGACUGGUAUCGCUGCGCUUGCCAUGGCCAUCGCGCCAACCCUGGCUAUUCCACCACCCAACUUCGGCUUCCCAGAGGCACCAAAUGAUACCGCUCUGACGGUUGCUUUUCGACAGAACUCGGGAAACAUUGGAUAUGUCCCAGUGACUGAGGCCGAGCUUUUCGGCAUCAACAUCCCUGCAAACGAACCUACUCUGGCUGUCAACACCACGGCAUAUCAAUCUCUGGCAAACUACUCCGGCAAUUAUGUCACGCUCAUGGUUGAUCCUGAUGCUUCAUACCCGAACAACCCAAGUAACCGCUUCCUUCUCCACUGGAUGCAGGCCAACAUGACUCAAUCGACCAAUCUCACGGUCAACCAGAACCUUACUCUUACUGGCCGCCACCUUGUCAAUAUGUCUGCCCCAGUUGUCCCCUACGCCCGCCCGGCACCACCGACAAACUCCAGUGCGCACCGCUACAUCAUUUACACUUUCCGCCAGCCCUCAAACUUCAGCAUCCCAAGCCAGUAUGCCGGCUACAGCGCGAUGAACCGCACCCGUUUCAACCUUACCAACUUCAUUCGCGACACCAGCCUUGGGAGCCCAGCGGCUGCCAAUUACUUCUAUGUUAGCAACCAGACCGAUGUGCCAGGCAAUUUCAUCGCCGCUGCCGGUGCGCAGUACCCAAAUGCUUCCAACUCCAGCUCUGCCUCUGGCUCUCCUAUCACCUCCGGAGAUCCAUAUGGUCCGACUGGUGCGUCGCGCCCCAGCGGUUCCUCUUCGACCAGCGCUGCUGGCGCAGCCAUGAUCACUGGAGCUGGUAGCCUGCUUGGUGCCGGUAUCGUUGGUCUUGCUGCUCUGUUAUAA